AUGGCCGGAUCGCCUAUAGUGGCUAUAUCAGCGAUUGUCUUGACAAUUACAUUGUUAUAUAAAUGUAUUGUGUAUCCCGUCUUCCUCUCUCCAUUGUCCAAGAUCCCAAAUGCGCACUGGACAGCGCCAAUAUCUCCUGCUUGGAUGCUCUGGAAGCGUUUCCGGAGUCAAAACAACCGGACCAUCCAGGCUGCCCAUGAGAGACUUGGACCUAUCGUGCGGCUUUCCCCAUCCGAGAUCUCCAUCAAUUGUGUUGAAGGUGGUAUCAAAACCGUCUACACAGGCGGAUUCGAAAAGCAUGAAUGGUAUCCACGAGUAUUCGGAUCACUCGGAGCUGAUAAAGGACUGCACCCUAUAAAGGACCGUCAGCAUGUUCACCAUGAUUAG